GGGGUGAUCUGCUGCUGGCCUGAAAGGCAUCUCUCCCAUUGAUCAUCUGGCUGCAGACUUCUCGCCCUGCGGCUCCCAGGAGCUCCCCGCUUUCUGCUGGAUUCCCAUGGAUCGCGGGCUGACCGUCGAAAACCCCUACGCCAGCGUGAGCCUCCCUCGUGCCCAGCUCCCAGGCAGCUUCCUGAAGUAUUACCUGGGUGAGGACUUCACCCCAGACACGGUCCUCUUCAACCCCAGCAGCUGCUGCACUUACUCAGUGCAGGAGAAGGAGAGGGAGGCUGCUCCACAGGGGGGGCCAUCCAACGCCCACUGGGGCACGCAGAGGAUCUCAACGCAGGAGUCGUGGGCCCAGCCGUUCAACCCCUAUGCCAGCCUCAAGAUGCCCCACCAGGGCUCUCCACAGCCUUUCCACUGGAAGAGCCAGCAGGAGCAGGAGGGCAGCUGCUGCUCCUGUUGCAGAAAAUGCUGCCCCUGCUGCAGGAAAUGUGCCUGCAUCAUCUCCUAACUCUGCCAGCGUUCACUGGAGGUUGUUCCCAGUCUGCUCUCUGACUGUUUCUCUGCAGGGCGCAGAGUAGGGCAGGAGCUCUCCCUGGACCCAUGCAUAGGAUGGUGGCCUUAUUUGAUUGGUUUUGAUUGACAAACAUGAAACAUAACUGGUAUGAUCUUCCCACCAAUUUCACUAAAAAAUGUUUCCUCUUUCUAAUCCUAAAUCCAUAAGGUACCCCCCCACACACACAUACACUUGGUGGACCUAUGUGACAUGAUUUGACCUUAAAUUCCAAGGCACUCCAUGUCCUGUUGGCUAGCAGAGUCGCAGAAGAGUAUUUGGAGUUGACGUCUGGUAGCAAUAAAUCACA